AGAUGGCGGCGCUCAUAGAGCAGCUAGUGCAGGGCGGUUUGAGGCCCAAUGACUUGCUUCGGUGGCUGGACGGGGCUUCAACAGAGAGCAUACCAGAGGACCUGCUUCCCCUCAGGGUGGAGUUUGUGCCAGUAUUCCUCAAUUACCUGCGUGAACAGUCCAGCAGUGUGUUGCAGAGCAGCUCAGAGGUAACCCCCAGCAAGGUGCCGAGCUCCGUGCGAGUCACCAAGUAUGUCUCCCCCCGCAAGACCCCAGCCAGCAGAGGCAACCACCGCCGCCGCCAGCACUGUUCCUCCAGGGCCAAGAGUCUCAUGUUUGCUGAGUCUUCCAGCAAGGACACCACAAGUUCAUCAGAUGAGAGCAAAGUUCCUGCUGUGGAGCAGCUCUUGCGGGAAUCCAGCUUGCCAGGAGAUAACUGGGGCAGUCCUGGUUCCAGAGUGUCUCCGCGUGAGAGGACCCACCGCAGUAAGCGGCACAGCUCGGAGGGCUCUGACCACCGGGGUAAGCACAGCGAGCAGAGGCUGGUCCUGGGAGACUUCAUCACUUCAGGAGUGAAGCAAAGCAAGAAGAAGGGUUCCCAUCCACAGGGCAUCACUAGUCCCCCAGCAGACAGCAGGCCAGGGAGCAACAGCUGGUCCCUCCGCCGGCAAGGGUCACCUCAGGUCCUGGACUUGAGUGACCAGGAGGCCUUCCCUGUGGUGGGCGCUACGCCACCAUCACAAGAGCGGCAGCCCAAGCGCAGGAUAAAUCCCACCCGCAUCCUGUCACCCCCUGGCACUGGCACCAGCACACCGCACCACAGCAAAGGGAAGCUGUUUGGGGAGGGCAGCAAGGCAGUGUUUGGGGUGCCAUACUGCCAGUCCCCCUCCUCCCCCUUCUUGGCUGGUGAAGGGGGCAGCAGCAGCACUCUGGAGGAGGAGCGGGAGCUGCUGCGGCUGGAGAGGCUCAAGAGGCAAGGUGGAGACAGUGUGAGUGGUGGGAAGCCAGAAAAACUUGUGGCUCAGGAGUCUCCACCCAACCAAGUGAUACAAAAGCCUGUAGAGAGGACAACAGACCAUUUGAAAGCCUUACCUGACCUAGUCACAAACCACAGCUGUCUUGAUGCACUGGCUGAAGUAUAUGCCAAUCUGAUAUUACACAGCUUUGCCCCAAACCUCAUGGUGGAGCUCUACUACACCUUGCAGCUCCUCACAGUGCCAGUGAUGGAGGAGCCUGAGGAAAGUAGUGGCAUCCUUCUUGGCACGGCUCACAACUGUGUGUACUUUGCUGCCAGUGUGCUUUUCAGGGUGGUCAGUCUACUCAAGCUGCUGGACAGAGGCACGCUAAAGCUUCUGUGUGAGAACCCACGUGUGGCAGCUUUCUCAGAGGAGCUACACAGGCUACUGCUGGAGCACCUGGAAAGACCACCCCCUGCCUCCUUCCUCACCCAGGCACCUAAGUCACCCAUUGGUGGUGUCUCCUUCCAGUCCGACACUGACAACCGUAACAACUUCCCCAGCGACCAGGCCUUCCAUCUCUUUAGGAAGCAGCGAGACUCCUUUUACGAGAUGCUGCGUGUAUGGGAGGAGGGCCACCUCAUCCCUGGCUGGAGCUUCAGUCGGGCUCUGUCCUCUCGCAUCCACUCCUUGCUGCAGAUCUGUCCCAGCCCUACCAACCUGGUCCAUUUUGCCCGCCUCUUCCAGUCCCAACUGCUGGCAAUGUCGGGUGAUGACGACCAGUGCCAUCCCAACCAGGACCAGGAGGUCCAAGGGGUGCUGACAGUGCUGAGGAGGCAACACCCUGAGAAGUACAAGCGUCUGUAUGAGCGGCUGGUAACGCCGGCACAGCUUGGGGGACCCUGUCCAGCACCUUCCUUCUCCGGCUCUCAGGAGUUCUUCAGGGACUUCAUCAUCACAGCCGCCAGCUUCCCCUUCAACCAGCACUUGAAGGAUGUCUUGGUCAGCCAGAUCCUCAUGCUCAGUGAGCAGGAGUUCUUCACCAUGGAGCAGGAGGAGGGCGAUCCAGUAGACAACAUGGUGAGGGAGGAGGCACGCUCUGUGGUGCUCAGCCUGCGUCUCCUGGCCAAGUUCCUGGGUUUCUUGGAGUUCCUGCCAUACCAGACCAGUGAACACUUGAAGGAGAAUGUGUUGGCCAGCCAGAUAGCACUUAGGAGUAAGGUGUGUCCGCCUGUCAGCCUGUGUGGUGCUCUGCGAAGGUGUGCGGCAGCGGGCCAGCUGGUGGUGGGGGUGACAUGGGUGGUGGAGCUGCUUAGCAUGGUGGACCCAGUGGCUCUGCACACCUACCACUACCUGACGGUGGUAAUGGCACUCAGGGAGGUGCUCAGGCUGCUGCCUGUGGUCCGGCCUGAAGGAGAGACAGGGUGUUCUUCAUGUGGGAGAGCCUGUGCAGGAAAGACCUUCGCCCCAUCCAACAGCCUCCUCCUCAAACUGCUCCUUGGCUGGCUUUUUGAUCUGCCCAAUUUCCCAGACGGCCUUUUCUUUGUGGAGGUCUCAGAGGCAGACAUUGACCACCAGGAAUACAGUCUUACCCUCACCACGCUGAACACUCACUACUCCCGCCUGUGCGGUGUGUGUCUUAGCCUGGUGGGGCACACAGCUCACAUUAAACUUGAAAAGGAGACCCCACAACAGGAUGCCAUGUCUAUAGGGGAGCUGUCACCCACCAAGAACUGUAACCCUCACUCAGGCCUUGGAACCGGCCAGACUUACACACCCUCAAAACAUGUCUUGCAAGGUGCAUCCUUCUCCCCUUUGAAGACUCCCUCCAAGGCGCUGGUGAUGAGCAUGGUAGAGACACCCCAGGUGACUCCCCUCAAGGGCGCUGAGACCCAGGUGGUCACAGAGACGACUCACACUCUGGAUGAAGCGUUGUUUGUUGACCACCAGAUGAUCACACUGUGCUGCCCCUUUGUGAGUGAGCUGAAGAACCUCCUGAAUGAAUCUUUGCUGGGGGUGGCCGGCAGCAACAAGGGAGGCAGCACCUUCAGAAAGAUCACUCCACACUCUGCCUCUGACAAGUCUGUUCACUCUCACCUACAGCUGCAGAUGCAGCUGGAGGACAACUUCUUCCACAACCAGCCCACGUCGGUGCGCAAGACGACGGACUUUGUGGUGGAGCGUGUGUCCUCCAACGUGAUCAAGACGCUGCGCUGCCAGGUGCUGCCUUCACUCAGGGAAGCUGCUGUGGAGAAGCUGAAAGCAGUGAUAGCAGAGCAGUUCCAGAGCACUCCUCAGGGUGGGGAGCGGGUGCGGGACGUGGUGCAACAGCGGGUGGUAGAGGUGGGGCGUGAGGUGUCUGAGGAGGCCCGUGCCCGCUGUGGCCAGAUCACCCAUCAGCAUUGCAACGGGGAGGUGGAGCCAGCCCUUGCCCUGCUGUUGCCGCCUGACAUCUCCCCUCAGGGUGUGGAGGUGUGCAGGAAGCUGGUGAGUCGCUGCAGCCGGGAGAAGGUGGCAGCCUGGGUGCAGUCACACCUCACCCCGACACUCUUCUGCAAGGACCUCGCUGCUGAUGCUGACCGCCUCCUCCGCCAGGCACAGAAGGCAGCUGACCUACAGGCGGCAGCACAGCAGAGGUCAAGCACUGAAGUGACGCCCUCUAACUCUGAGUGUGUGGAGGUGUGCCCUGGCGUGGUGGUGAUGGAUGUCUCCACACCCAGCCACAGCCGUACCCCACAGUCACCCCUGGACCACUCCUUCAGCUCUCCAGUACAUCAACCAAGGCAGCUUCAACUUCUGUCCAAGAAGGCCAUUACCCCUCCUGAGGGCCUACCCCUCAAGGCCAAGGAGCACCUGGCUGAGGCUCCUGCUCCCUCCUUGGUGCUCAACACCAUCAAGAGCAUCCUGCGGGAGGUGACGUCUAGCCCUGGGUCUGACUUGUCUGGCCUGGUGACACGGGAGUUGCUGCUGACCAUCACUGGAGAUGUGAGGAGGAGCCUCUCACAGCGGCAGGAUGUACUGCUGACCUCACAUCGUGCCCUGGAGACCCUCACUGUGGACCUGCUGGUGGUCAUGGCUGUGUGUGUGCCACCUCUCAUAACAUCGGAGAUACAGGAGGAGUUUGUGUCUCUGUGGCGGCCUGUGGCUCUGGGGGGAGUGCUGCCUAGCCCGGCCUGCCUGGGGUCCAUCCUCUGCCCCCGCACAGUGAUGCUUGUGGCACAGAACCCCAACGUGACUCACCAGAAACUCUCCUGGAAGAAGAUAGAGGAGCUGAUUUGCCUCCUCUUGACAACUGAGCUGCUAACCCCAGCCACCCUCCUGGACCACUCUGUUGCCCUCCUCAGGCAUUCCUGGCCUCAGGAGAUUCUGUCGGGUAUCUCUGUCUGCAUUGAGGGAGUGACCCGCACCGCCCUCAAGCAGAAGGAGUUCCAGGAUGACUCCACCCUGAUGCAGAUGCUGGACUGGGUGGGCUGGGUGUGUGAGCAGAUGGACGACUUGGGGGAAGACUUCUAGAUCAUAGGACAAACUUUUGGGGACCUGAGGAUGACAUCUACAUAGUCUCUGUAGCGAACUUCUGGGGACCACUUGGGGCUUGGGGAAAGCGGAGGUAAAUCAGGGGUGGUAUUACUUAUACGUGCAGGCAGAUUCAAGUGUUCAGGUAUUGAUGGAAAGAAGAUAUCAUUGCUGUGUCUUGCUCUUCAGUGAGUGGUUGACAGAUCAGGUGAUAGUCUCUAAUGUUCUGUGAUGUCUAUGUGAUUGAGUACAGUUUAUUUUUCUAUACCUUUUCAUCUUCCUGGACCACUUGUUAGUCUUCUUCUACUGCCUUAUGUUUAUACAGUAUUGCCUAGUGUUUCCCCAGAUAGUGAAUUGAUUUUUACACAGCAGUAGUGGCCUGGUACUUGUUGUCUUGCUGGAAGGGCAUAAGGAGUUCCAUGUGGGAUGAUGGGAAGGGUGGCAAGUUGUGAGGUAAUCAAAUGUCCUUGUAAUGUAAGGGACUGUGACCAAAUGUGAAGUUUCUUGUGUAUCAUGUACCCUUGUGUCAAGUUCCCUUGGCUUGCAACUUUACUUACUGAUGUCUAUUCUUUAAGAGUCAGAGGACUGGACAUAGUGGGUAUUGGUCCUUAUUGUUUACUUGUUAUUAUUUUUUGUUACUGAAGCUCUAUCAGAUCAUAAGUGUCUUAAUCAUUUCUUCUUGUUUAAUGAUGAUGAUAAUGAUAACUAUUAUUAUUAUUAUUAUUAUUAUUAUUAUUAUUAUUAUUAUUAUUAUUAUUAUUAUUUUAUUACUAUUGUUAUUAUUACUAUUAUUAUUAUUAUUAUUAUUAUUAUUAUUAUAUAUUUAUUUAUUAUUUUCAUGGUUAUUAUAUAUUGAUGCUCUGACCACUUGUGUCUUAACUAAUCUGUAACGUGUUUGUUAGUGUGUAAUUUUUACAUUGACCAGAUAUUGAAAUGUGUAGUAUUAUAUAAGUAUAUAAAUCAGUAUGAAUAAUCUUUAUGUGUGGCAUCUGUGUACAAGUAGAAACUUUCUCUCAGUUUUGAUGGAUGAUUAAAAGAGGAAAUGAUAGUUAGAGUGAGUGAGAGAAAGAGUCAAACAGUGUAUGACGAUAAAUGUAAUUUUGAAUGGGAAGUUGUUUAAGGAGCCUGAGUGUUUGAAGUACAUUGGCAUGUCUUGUGAGUGCAUGAAAGAAGACGUGACCUCCAGGGCUUCCAUGGGAGGUUCUGCAUCAUGCAUGGCUAGUGGAUCAGGCCAUGUGGGGAAGGGAUGAUUAUCAUGGUGCUGUCACUCACUACCUUGAGUAUUACUAAUUUAUUGCACAACUGACCCUUAUAAUGUGGCUUGAGGGUCAGUCCUUUCUCCCCUUGAGGCCCAGAGGCUGAGAUGUGAAUGUAAAUGUAUGUAGAUGCCUUGCCUUGACUGCCUUCCCUCUUAGUGUGGGAUGUCGUCCUGGUAUAGAUAUCAGUCAUGCUUUAGAAUGCAGUUUAUAUAUAAAUCACUGGUUUGGGUUACUCUUUGUUCCGUUUGUCAUGAGAAAACCAGAUAUGCUGUGUGUAGUUGUAAGUAAGAUAGGGUCAGGGUAGAGGCACUCCAGUCUUUUGUUUACUUGAGGCAGGAUGGACCAGCACUCCUGGUCCUUCAUGCAUGGGGAGCAUAUUGAGAUACCAGGGAAUAACUUUACUUAACAUGAUCUUGUUUGUCAGCCUGUGUGAAGAGGCUUAAGUCAUGUCAAGCUCAAAUCACUUAUAUACAUUCAGAGGGAUCUUAGGGAUAAAAUCAUAAAGAUAAGUAAAUAUGGCAAUAUUCCCAGGUAAUUAGUUACUUAAGCAUUGAAAUAAUACAAAGCUUUAAGUUGCUUGUGCAUUCAUUUUAAGUGUGACAGUCAGUCACUUAGGCGCAUGGUGGAGGAUGUUCAGUGACACGAGGGUCGCUGGAGCUCAGUACUUAGGACACCUGAACUGUUACUCGUGUAGAAGAAUAAGCUGAAAUUGACCUGUCAUUCACUGUUUGUGUCUGGGAUGUCAUUAGAUACUAACUUAUAUAUGUAUAGCAGAUACAUAAACAAAAAAGUUACAAAAGCAAUGAAUGUUGUUAUUUUAAUUGUUUUUACUGGAAUGACCCUUUAUGUCCUGUGCUUGGUGAUGGCAGGGACAUCACCAAGUGCAGGGUUCCUGGGUCCAGGGCUGAGUGGUGAGUAGCUGACUGUGGUGUGCUGUGUGACUGGGUAUUCUUCCUUUGUGAGUAGAUAACCAGAUAACCAAAGCUGAGAGUGGAUCUGAGGGUGUGGCUUGGGUGACUGGUGUGUGUUGAUCAGUGAAUUUGUCUGCAGGAUGGGUUUAGUGAUGUGAUGUGUGGAGGAUAGGGCAAGGCUGUUGGAAACUGUGUGUGUGUGUGUGUGUGUGUGUGUGUGUGUGUGUGUGUGUGUGUGUGUGUGUGUGUGUGUGUGUGUGUGUGUGUGUGUGUGUGUGUGUGUGUGCGCAGAGUAGUGGAGGGAUUCAUUCCAGUCCGUAUUCUCAGUGUAUAGUCAUCAUGUUCCAAAUGGUUUUUAUUUAUUGAUUGAUUAUAUACAUUUUAUGUAAAUCAUGCAAUGCUA